AUGCAUGUAAAAGAAGAUAAGAGAGACAAAGCUCUGGAAUGUGAUGGACUCGAGUCAUCACUCAUCAAGAACUUCCGCGGCAAUGAAGAGCUUAUGAUUGAGGGGCAAUGUAUAGAGGUUAGAUAUGUUUUUGUAUUUGAUUCUGGUGGUGGUGGCAGUGGUGGAGAUGGUGGAGGUGGCGGUGGAUAUGAAGGUGAGGACGACGGAGGUGGAGGUGACGGAACUGGAGGUGGUGGAGGAAGAGAAGAUGAAGAAGGAGAAGGUGGAGGUGGGUUGAAUUUGUUGGUUAUAGAUACGGUGGAGGCGGACAUGGAGAGGCGGCGGACAUGGAGGGGCAGUGGACAUGGAUGGGGUGGCGGCAUGAAGUUACAGGAAGUGAAGGUGGAGGCAGGUUGGGUUGGAGGAGAAAGUGGGGUUGCAGGAGAAUUUAGUGAUAUUCUCCAUAGAGUUUAG